AUGAGCCAAGUACCAAUAGUCCUCGAUCAGGGUACUGGUUUCGUCAAAAUCGGAAGAGCAGGAACAAACUUCCCUGACCAUACAUUUCCCUCCAUUGUUGGAAGACCGAUAUUGAGAGCAGAGGAGAGAAACUCACUCGUCCCCAGUAAUAUCGAGAUCAAAGACAUAAUGUGCGGCUCUGAAGCUUCGGAAGUCAGAUCAUUGUUACAGAUCAGCUACCCCAUGGAAAACGGAAUCAUCAAGAACUGGGAAGACAUGGAGCACUUAUGGGAUUAUGCAUUUUACGAGAGAUUGAAGAUACCCACCGAGGGUCAGAAGAUCUUGUUGACUGAACCACCCAUGAAUCCAUUGAAGAACAGAGAAACCAUGUGUGAUGUCAUGUUUGAGAAGUAUCAAUUUGGUGGUGUCUAUGUAGCCAUUCAGGCCGUUUUGGCAUUGUAUGCCCAAGGCUUGAGUUCUGGUGUUGUAGUUGAUUCUGGAGACGGUGUGACGCAUAUUGUUCCCGUGUAUGAAUCUGUAGUGUUGAACCACUUGACCAGACGUUUGGAUGUAGCUGGUAGGGAUGUCACGAGGAACUUGAUCAAUUUGUUGUUGCGUCGUGGAUAUGCCUUCAACAGAACUGCAGACUUUGAGACUGUUCGCCAGAUCAAAGAAAAGUUGUGUUAUGUCUCUUACGAUUUGGCUUUGGAUACAAAACUUUCACUGGAAACAACCACAUUGGUUGACUCGUACGAAUUGCCUGAUGGUCGUGUCAUCAAGGUUGGUUCAGAAAGAUUUGAAGCUCCAGAAUGCUUGUUCCAGCCUCAUUUGGUGGAUGUAGAACAGCCUGGUGUAGGCGAAACAUUGUUCAACACCAUCCAGAGCGCCGAUGUAGAUGUUAGAUCGUCUCUUUUCAAAGCCAUUGUGUUGUCUGGUGGCUCCUCCAUGUACCCAGGCUUACCUUCUAGAUUGGAAAAGGAAUUAAAGCAAUUGUGGUUGACCAAGGUUUUAAAGGGAGACGCAACUAGAUUGAGUAAGUUCAAGGUCAGAAUCGAAGACCCUCCAAGAAGAAGGCAUAUGGUCUUUAUUGGUGGUGCCGUUUUGGCCAACAUCAUGGCUGAUAAGGACCACAUGUGGAUCUCCAAGCAAGAGUGGGAAGAACAGGGUCCACGGAUCUUAGAGAAAUUAGGUCCUCGUUAA